GUCUUCCAGAGGAUGGGAAAUUGGCCCAAACAGGUGUAACCACAGCAUCAGCCACAGCUGGAAUGCUGAAUCCUGAGAAGAGAAACAACUGUGGUUCUCAGUGUGUUAACCCCAUGCUGCAUGGCAUGGGAGCUACGACACAGAGACAGAAUGGCUUCAGGACCACAGAGAAUAAAUGGGACGCACAGAAAAUGUCCACAAAAGAAGUCACACUUAAUGUUCCAAAAAGCAUCAGACAAAGUGGCAGAAGGAAAACAAAGAAUU